AUGGCUACUCCGGAUCGAGGCCGAAGCUCGACACCCGGUCCCUUUGGGCAACAAAUGUCGACGUCCCCAGGCUCGCUGCGCAGUCGCAACUAUAGCACUUCCAUACCUCGAGCUGACGCGACCGCCCGCUUGGCCUCGCCCGUUCCGUCCCAGUCGUUCGGCACUCCUGCUCAGCAAUCAUCUACGUCGGGCCGUGGGGAAGAUGGCGGUUCGGGGAGCUUGACACCUCUCCCAGGACCAGGACAGAGCUUCGCCGGCCCGGGCGUCUCUGCGCUCGCUGCAGCCUUGUCCAACUCAUUCGACGGGUCACCACCGAGGUUCGGCACUCCGCCAGUGCGUUCCGCAUCGCCAGCUGCAGCAGGACCUCAAUUCCAGAACUCGGCAACACCGACGAACUACGGUUCCUUCGAUGCGAGGGCGAGAUACGUGCAAAGCGGCGGCGCGGGUGCAUAUGAAGACCCUGAAAUCGUCAAGCGGCAUCUGGUUCAGCCAUCAGACACGUCGGAUUCGCCCAUGGGACAACAGAACAGCGACGCUGCGAAGGGCAAGCAGCCUGGGAAUAAGACAGAGCCCGACUUUGAUGAAGACGACGAGUUCUCUAGCUUGAAGCUCCAGGGAGGUGAUAUCACCCGCCCAAUCUACAAAUGGACCGAGGAAGCUGAAGGGCGCAACCGAACCCAGCGCAGCAAAAGCUUCAGCGUCCACCGACCCGACCCGGAGAACGAGGUGCUGGAUAUCAAUAACAUCAAGAUUCCCGGAGGGUUCCGACGCAAUUACCUACGGAGAGCCGCUAGGAGUCCCUCGGUAACCCCGGCGGAUGGCGGAGAGAGCGGUUCCCGUAACCAACCCCAGCUGUUUACCAAUAGUUUUCUUGAAUUUCUAUCCAUUUACGGACACUUCGCCGGCGAGGAACUUGAAGAAGAUGACGAGGUCCUUCGUCCUGGGGAGUACUUCUCGUCGGGUGAAGAUGAUGAAUAUGAUUCUGACGAAGGGAGCGAGGACGACAGAGAGCCCAUGGAAGACAGUGCUUUGUUGACACCAUCCCGACGCAAGAGGCGGCGUAAGGUACGAGGUGGUAGUGGGAACAACAGUCCUUUCAACGCCGCCCUGCUUCUCCUCAAAUCCUUCGUGGGAACCGGAGUUCUGUUUCUACCGCGUGCCUACUUCAAUGGUGGCAUGGUCUUCAGCAAUCUGGUUCUAUUGUUUGUGGCCGCGCUUAGUUACUACUGCUUCGUCCUUCUGGUUACUACCCGUUUAAAGGUCGAGGGAUCUUUCGGCGACAUUGGUGGUGUUCUCUAUGGAAAGUGGAUGCGGACAUUGAUCUUGUGUUCCAUCGUUAUCAGUCAAAUAGGCUUCGUUGCGGCCUACAUCGUGUUCACAGCCGAAAACCUGCAGGCCUUCAUCCUCGCGGUGACCAAUUGCGACAAGUAUAUCCCAGUGACCUGGUUGAUCUUGAUGCAAAUGGUCAUCUUUCUACCCUUCGCCCUCUUCCGAGAUAUUGGCAAGUUGGGUUUCACAGCCCUGGUGGCAGAUGCUUUCAUUGUCCUCGGGCUAGCCUAUCUUCUCUACUAUGACCUCCUUACCCUGAGCGCCAACGGCAUCGCUGACAUUAUCCUGUUCAACGACAAGGACUGGACAUUGUUCAUUGGUACCGCCAUCUUUACGUUUGAGGGCAUAGGCCUCAUCAUACCUAUCCAGGAGUCGAUGAAAUCGCCGGCCAAGUUCCCCAAGGUCAUGUUUGUUGUCAUGAUCAUCAUUACGACUCUGUUCAUUGGGAUGGGCGCUGUGUCCUACGCCGCCUACGGGUCCAAGACUGAAACGGUGGUUCUGCUCAACCUGCCGCAGGAUAACAAACUUGUGAACGGUGUUCAACUGCUCUACUCGCUUGCCAUUUUGCUCUCGACACCGCUCCAGAUCUUCCCGGCCAUCAAGAUCGCAGAAAAUGCCUUCUUCACAAGGAGUGGCAAGUACAACCCAUACAUCAAAUGGCAGAAGAACUUGUUCCGCUUCUUCGUGGUUUUUACUUGCGCUUUCAUCGCUUGGGGAGGCGCCGACGACCUGGACAAAUUCGUGGCCCUUGUGGGUAAUUUCGCCUGUAUCCCGCUGGUCUACAUUUACCCGCCACUCCUCCACUACAAAGGCGUCGCCAGAAGCAAGCUUUGGAGAGCUUCGGACAUCGCUCUGUGCAUCUUUGGGUUUAUUGCCAUGGCCUACACUACCAGCUUGACCGUGAUCAGCUGGGCCAGUGGACCCUCUGGACCAAGUCUUCCAAAGUACUGCGAUGACAAGCAUCUUUGA